AUGCAGCCAACCCGCACGGACCUCGCGCCCCCGAAGGACGACCCGUUCACGGUCGAGCAGUUGAAGCAGUAUGACGGGUCGAGCCCGGAAAAGCCUAUCUAUGUCGCGAUCAAGGGAACGGUGUUUGACGUCUCGCGCAAACGGGAUACCUACGGGAAGGGGAAGAGUUACAAUCUGUUUGCGGGCAAGGACGCGUCGAAGGCUCUUGGCAUGUCUAGUCUGAAGGAGGAGGAUGCCGUCUCGGACUACAGCGAGCUCUCUGCUGCUGAUCUGAAGACGCUGAAUGACUGGCAUGGUUUCUUCUCGAAACGAUACAACAUCAUCGGGAAGGUUGUAGAUCUUCCACCACCAGCAAGCUCGCAGUCGGCAAACCUGUGA